UGGGGAUGACUUUCUGAGUGUUUUCCACUUACUUCAUUCAUCACACUCUAUGCUGUUUGGCUGACAUGCAGAGAGCAACUACUGGAAAAUAUAACAACGCAACAGGACUGAAGAAAACGGUCUCUUGUUUUGUUAAAAUUUUAAUUAUUAGCAGUGAACAGUCACAUCUGGAGCCAAAUCACUGCUACAUCAGGAUCAAGAACUAUGGAGGAUUGUGGCCUGGUCAGAUGUGACAGCCUGGACACCGGGUCAGGGUGUGACAGGGAGGUGAUGACGCCCUUUGACCAUAUGACCUUUGACUCUGAGGGCUCCGACCCCACAGCAAACCUUGAGCCAUCACCAGCAGAACUGGCUCAGUGUGAGGCUGAAGUGGGCACGUUGCUCAGCAUCAUCGCUGAACUGAACAAGAAGAUGGGCUCAUUAAAGGCACCAAGUGAACCAGGGGAUCUUAGACCAUCAGGACCAUCCAGGCCUCUGGUUCCAGACCUGCUGUCCCACAGGCUGACCAGAACCAGCCCAGAGAGAAAUGUUGCUUCUGCUGCCACAUCUAAACCUCCACUGGCUGUCCGAGGGGGCGGUGGUGUAGUCUGGACUAAACUCCAGGAGGUUUUAUCAUCAGUGGAGGACUCCAUCAGCUGUAAAAGGUCCUGGGCUGCCCCGAUCACAGCUUCUGAUCGGGAUAAGUACCAAGGGCAUCUGAGAGCAGCCCAGGAGAGUUGGGUUAAGGCCACACAGAUACUGGAGGACAUGGAAAGAGAGUUUGGGAUUUCAUGCCCUUCGGGCCUGCCGAAUGACCAGCACCAGGAGGGCAUCCUGGAUCUGGAGACUCGUGACUCUGCUUGCAGAAGCACCUUGCAGAGUCAGCAGGAGGAGCUGGAGAGAUCACAAAGCACCAUCAGCCCGAUGGACGAGGAGAAUAACAAGCAUGUUCAGAAUAAACAUAGCACCGCUUCUCCUACCUUCCAGCUGGUUGGGCUCCAUAAGGCCUGGAGGUCGGGCAGUCGUUCUCCUUCCUACCUGCCCACUUCUGGGGCUCUCAGUCCAGACUGGGCCUCUCCUCCCUUCCCUGGUUCGCCUUUACUCCACAGAAGAUCAGCCAGAGUGGUAGCACCUCUGUCUGUAGGUGGGGACGGUUCUCCUCUGGGCUCGGUUAAAUCAAGCAGUCCAUGUCCCAGCCCCAUCGGCCUGGAGACUGAGACAGAGCGACUGAACAGGUACGUUGAGAGGCUGAAGGCCAAAAAUGAACGGCUGACUGCAGCCCUGGAGCGAAGGAAGGUGGAGUCCGAGCAGAUCAGUAUCACACUAAGCAGACUUGAAGCUGAUUGCUCUGCCCUGCAGAUGGCUCUCAGAUACUGUGAGGAGUGUGAAGAGGCCUACAGCGAGCUGCUGUCACUUUAUGAUGCCGGCAGGCGGCAAAACAUUCCUCUGCAGACAGACUCAGCAGGGGCAGUCGAUGACAGGCAGCAACUUGACAGUUCAUCAGCUCAGCUCAGGAAAAUGGGAACUGAGGAGCUGUCCACUUCCUUCUCAACUGCAGGGGUCACAGAGGAGACAGAGACACAGAGUCACACAGGGCAGAGGACACCUGAGAUGGUGGAGAGAGAGACUGCUCUCCGUCAGAAAAUCGACUGUCUGAAGAGAGACCGGGCAGCCAUUAUUCUGCUGAGACCGAGCUCGGGAGCUGAGGGCAAAAUGAGUCCAAAAUCUGGUCAACAGGCUGGAUCAAGAGGUGGACAUGUGGUGAAAGAUAACGCCAAACCUCCUGAAACCAAGAAAGAAAAAGCUUCACUCUUCUAUGAACUCAUCUCUGUCAGGGAGGAGAUGUCAGAUCUGCGAGCUUUAAUCCGCCUCAAGGAGAAAGAGCUGAGGUGUCUGGAGUGGAGUUUAAUGGCCCAGAAGGUCCAGGAGGCAGCUGGAGCUUUCGUUCCAGAAAGCCUCAGAGAAGAGCUGGAGGACUGUAAGACCGAACAACAGAGGCUUUGUGAAAAUGCCGCUAAACUGGGUGGUGAAGGGGACGUUGCUCGACGCAGACCCAUACUGAAAGAGCUGCAGGCCGUCCUGCAGAGGGAACAAGCCCUGAAGAAGAGGCUGGCUUUAGUCCAUGGCUCACUAAACACAGCUCUGUCAGACAGCAACUCCCACAGGAGGGACAGUGGAGAGCAGAUUGCCCGACUCACACAGGCUCACAGUAAAGCAUCAUACCGGCAGAUUCGCAGGAAGUACCGAGAGCAGGUGUGGAGGUUGGAGCAGAAAGUGGCAGCCAUGAUGGAGAGUCAACAUCACCACCAGCAGCAGAGCGGAGCACCGAAAGCAGCAGGAGAGGCCUUGGAGUGGAGGAGGGAAGAGACUGUUCUGUAACCCUGUGAUUCUUCAGUCAGAGAAUCAGCCUUCGUAACAGUCAAAUGGAUCCACAUGAAGUGCAGUCACAACCUGACGUCCUGCUGAACUCAAGCCGCUCGUGUGUUUCAUAGGCCUCAUCACUUCAGAAUAAUUUUUUAGCCAAGCUGGCAGCUUGGUCAUGGAUGUCAACUGACUUAACAAGUGACCAAUUGCCAAGAAGUUUAGUGCUGAUAUCUGUGAGACUUGGAGGAUGAAUCCUAAAGACUUCAGUGAUCCCCUGACUUUUCAUCCCGCUUCAGUUUUUAAAUAGUUUAAAUUCAGUACAGGCAUUUCAUGUCCUAUACUUAGGACAAAUGGUAAGAACUCCGGUGAUCCUCUGACUUUUCAUCUCAUUUCGGCAUCACGUCAAAAUUUCAGUUCGUCCACCAUAUUUUUGCUAAGCUAACAACAUUCCCAGCAGCCUCAGCUCCACUCAGUAAGAGUGGAUACUAAAUUAAGACACUGAAUAUUGUAUACAUUAUGCCAACAGCAUGUUGUCUCUACAAACAUGAUAGCAUUGCGACAUUAGCAUUUAGCUCAAAGCAUCGCUGUGCCUCAGAGCUGCAAGCAAAGCUUGUUAAUGAGAAAUGUUGAGGAGUUAUAUCUGUACUUAGUUUUCUGUCCUUGUAAAGAGAUACAGACUUAUUCAUCCAUUUAUUUUUCAUCUAAUUAUCUGUCAGUCCAUCAGUUACAUCUACAACAGUCAAUUCAGGCACUCAUUUGCUCUUGAGAAGUAAAUAUAGAGUAGGAAAGCACCGUCAGUUUGACCUUUUCAGCCAUUGUGAGAGUUACCAAUAAACUGACCAGGAUUCCAAAGCUUAACUUGUCUAACAGGAGUCACAAGACACAUGCCUUAUUUCAGAGAAACAGCUGUCAUGCACUCAUGAAUGUGUAAAACUGGCUCAAGGGCUGACCUCAUUGAGGACCUCGGGAAUGACCUCCAGAGCACUCAUGUCUUUUUUCCCGUACAAGACGAGUCUGUGAAGCCAGUCCCGGCCUGUCGGGCUGUUGUGCCAAAGAACCGAGGAGGGGGAUGGGGGGCCAGGACAAUAGCACACAUGACGUGCACAUAAAAUGUAAGGCCAGCCCAUUUGUCAUCUUAGCACUUUCAUCUAGCUCUCUAUGGCUUAUUCUAUUUCCACCACAACAAACAUCCUCAAAAGGUGUUCUUAAUUGAGUGCCAGAAACUACAGCGCCCUGCUCAUUCAGUAACUUACUGUUAAAAAAAAAUGGAACUAUAUUUUAUGACCUGUUUUAUAACGUAAGAGGGAAUGUUUUGGCUUUGGGGUUAACUAUUGAGAUUUACCAUAGCAAACACUUUAACUGAUGGGCAGAUUCAUGUGUGUUGUGCUAGUAGCAGCCAAUUGAGCCACUGGCUUUGAGCAGAGAGAAGGUGAGGCUACAGAGGUUUGGAAAUGUCUCUUCUUUCUAUCCUCACACCCCCACUGGCACUCACUCAAGAGAUAUCACUUUAAGCAAUUUAUCACGCUUCACACAGCUCCCACUUUGUCUCACAUGUUUUAGUACUCCACAAGACCUGUAAACAGACUAUGGUGUAUAAAAAUGGUGCGGUUCUCCUUUAAUUAAGUACCAACCAACAUCAAUCAAGAGAUUAAACAGGUAAUAACUGGAAACAAGGAAAUAAGGUUGUAUACGUAGUAUAUGUCUGAGCUCUCCUUGACGACUUGCUCUGUGCCAUGUUGCAUUCGUGCAGCUGCCACAUUUUGUUAUUUCCAGAUUUGAAAAACCAGUAAGAAUAAGUAUUGAAAAAAAAGAUUAAUAUUUUGUUGUUUUGUUUUGUUUUAUUUGUAUAUAGAUGUGUUUGUGUACAUACAUACAUACAUACAUACAUACAUACAUAUAUACACAUACACACACAUAUAUAUAUACACUCCCACAGAUCAAUCUUUUCCUCACACUCAUGCCUCCAUUUCUUCUCCCUCCAUCUUCUCAUCCUCUCUCCUCACUCAUCUCUCAAUCAUCUCUAACCCUUCUCCAUCUCUCCAGCCGACCCCGUGCCCUGACCUACCGGAGCCGGUCAGCUGCAGCUGUGACCAGCGGUCAGGAGGUUAAGGCAAAGGUUGAGUGUCACACCCACAGGGUCACAGUGAUGCCUGGCUGCUGUGUUAUCCGGUGAAUGGAGAGUUCAGAGCGCCAGACGAGGUGGUGAGCCCUGACGCCCUGACUUUUGCCUGAGCUUGCCCUUUCCCGAGCAGAGGUCACCGGAGAGGGCCUGUCCACGAUGGUCCCCGCUUUACUCCAGGUCACCAUCACUAUUGUUGUAAUGGCUGCCAUUAGAGCAGAUGAUACAAUUAUCGUUCCAUUUUGUGUUCGCUCUCUCUAAGAUCUAUGUUAAGCAUAUGAGUUCAUCAAAGGAUUUUUAGACCACAUGAUUGUUGUAACCUCAGGGUGACUCUUGUGUCAAAGAGGACACAUUAUGCCAAAAUGUCCACUGGAAAGGAACAAAAGUGUUUUUAUCAUUCAUGGCUCAAUAUGCAAUAUGCAUUUCCACGGUAAUGGAAGAAGUGUUCAGAUCAUUUUCAACAAUGCUAAAAUACUGCUUUACAAGUCCUGCAGUCAAAAUCUUGUAAGUGAAAGUACAAUUGUAAUUGUAAGUGUAAGUUCAGCGAUUGAUUUCUUAAAGUAAAAUCCUAAACCUCAAAAUUGUACUUGCAAAAUUGUAAUUUAUUGGGAAUAGAUAUGGCACAUGAUGUGCCUUUUCUGGCUAAAUAUUGUUUUUUAUUGUUUUCACGAAAAAUAGAAUCAAUCAACAAAGCAAUUAUUAAAAAACCCCACAAAAUUCUAUCUAUAUAUUUAAAAAGUAGGCCACAGCAGCCAUUAUUAUCAUAUUUUUAUCCUCACUAUUCUCAAAUGAAGUGAAAAUUCAUUUAAACUCUUGAUUUAUAAAGUAACCAGUAAAUACUGUAUUUUUUAUGAAUUGUAGUGGAGAAUAAGUAUACAAUAUUAAAUGGAAAUAUUCAAGCAAAGCGCCUCAAAAUUUUUAAUUUUAAUUUAAUACAAUAUGUGAGCAUGUUGGUAUCAUUGCUUCACUGGAACUCACUGAACUGCUGGAGCUUUUUAAGAGCUUUAAAAUAAAAGUUGUUCAAACAUGCUUCUCUGUUGAAUUAGUUAAACCUUGUGGUAACCUUGAUCCAGUAUGAAGGGUGAACAGUCUAAUCUAAUCUUCCUCACGAUAAAGCAACUGGAGGUUUACGUGUGUGAUGAAACACGCAUUGAAGGAAAAGUGCACUAAUGAAUCAGGAAGAUAAGAAAGUCAAACAAAACCCAUAAGAACAGACUCAUUUUGGUAUUUACACAGAUUUUGAACAUUAUAUAAAGCUUUAACACUUUCAUCUGGGAACAUUUACGCUCCGUUUUUCUGGACACGUUUCUACUCCAACAGCCAGCAUCUGGGCCUGUGGGUUUUUCAGUGCCUGGGAAAAAAACUCAAACCAUUAUGAGACAAAGACAGAGGCUGUCAAUCAGUGUGGGGGUGGGCGCAAUCACACACACACACAUCCACCAGAAUGGGGGUAGUGACCUGGGGGUUUUAGGUCAACUCAUUUACUCUCUGCAUCCGUUCCUCAUUUUAAUAAGUUGUUCCCCUGUAAGCUGUAUAAAGAGAUCACAGCCUCAGCCUUCAUCCCGACCUCUUUUUUUCUCUCUCUCUCUCAAAGCCAUUAGCUCACCUGUCACAACCACUCCAUAUACCUCCCUCAUCUCCUCCUCCUCUCUACAUCUCUCUAUUCUCUGCUGUGUGCUCAGGGACGUCACAGCCACGCUGACCUGACACCUCUCUGCUGAGCUUUCAGACCACCAGCCAGCCCGUGGAGAGGUCAGGAUGCUGGGGUACUGUUGGCGUGGAGAAACAUCAGACAGAUUUGCCCUCAAUCAAAUCGCUUUGUGCUCGCACCCACUCAGAUAACGGAGGCAAAUGGCUCAGACCGACAGGCCUUCUCACCACAGUGACAACCGGAGGAAGAGUGGAACCUUGUUUGUGGUUAAACUGAGUCCAAUUAUGGGGAUUGUCUCGCUCAGUCUCUGAUUAAAAGAAAGCUGUUUGAUAAGAUAAGAUGAACUUUACUGAUCCC